ACGGUGCUCCUGUGCGCAGCCUCCCUGCCAGCCGCUCCCCUCGGGGCGACCCUGGGCCCCUCCUGAGCGAGCAGCACAGGCACCGCUGUCAUCCCUGGAGGCGCAUCAGAGCCAAAGCGAGCCGAGGUGGCUGGGAGAGAAGGUGUCUCGGAACCGGGAAGAGCCAGGCAGGAUGCGGGAGCCCCGGGAACCUGGGGCCGGGGCUUGGCUUCCGCCUCGACGCCGCCUGUGAAGAAGCCCUGGGGGCACCCCCCACUCCUGCUGGCGCCCGAGAGGAAGGGGCCGCGGCGGCGCUGCAGCUAUGGACCGUGAGCUGGCCCGGCCGGCGUCCUCGCUGACCCUGCCCGCGGCGGCCGCGCGCACCAUGGGCUCGUCGGUGUACAUCACGGUGGAGCUGGCCAUCGCCGUGCUGGCCAUCCUGGGCAACGUGCUGGUGUGCUGGGCGGUGUGGCUCAACAGCAACCUGCAGAACGUCACCAACUACUUCGUGGUGUCGCUGGCGGUGGCCGACAUCGCCGUGGGGGUCCUGGCCAUCCCCUUCGCCAUCACCAUCAGCACGGGCUUCUGCGCCGCCUGCCACGGCUGCCUCUUCAUCAUCUGCUUCGUGCUGGUGCUCACGCAGAGCUCCAUCUUCAGCCUCCUGGCCAUCGCCAUUGACCGCUACAUCGCCAUCCGCAUCCCCCUCCGGUACAAUGGCCUGGUGACGGGCACCAAGGCCAAGGGCAUCAUCGCCGUGUGCUGGGUGCUGUCGUUCGUCAUCGGCCUGACCCCCAUGCUAGGCUGGAACAACUGCAGCCUGCCCACGGCGGCGGGCAACGGCACGCAGGAGUGCGGGGCGGCCCAGGUAGCCUGCCUCUUCGAGGAUGUGGUGCCCAUGAACUACAUGGUCUACUACAACUUCUUCGCCUGCGUGCUGCUGCCGCUGCUGCUCAUGCUGGGCAUCUACCUGCGCAUCUUCCUGGCCGCCCGGCGGCAGCUCAAGCAGAUGGAGAGCCAGCCCCUGCCCGGGGAGCGGACACGGUCCACGCUGCAGAAGGAGGUGCACGCGGCCAAGUCCCUGGCCAUCAUCGUGGGGCUCUUCGCCCUCUGCUGGCUGCCCCUGCACGUCAUCAACUGCUUCACCUUCUUCUGCCCGCAGUGCGGCCACGCGCCGCCCUGGCUCAUGUACCUGGCCAUCGUGCUCUCCCACAGCAACUCCGUGGUGAACCCCUUCAUCUACGCCUACCGCAUCCGCGAGUUCCGCCAGACUUUCCGCAAGAUCAUCCACAGCCACGUGGCGCGGCAGCAGGAGCCCUUCAAGGCGGGCGGCGCCAGCGGCCGGGCGCUGCCCGCUCACGCGCACAGGGACGGGGAGCAGAUCAGCCUCCGCCUCAACGGCCACCCGCCGGGCUCCUCGUGGGCCAACGGCAGCGCUCCCCACCCCGAGCCCAGGCCCAAUGGCUACGCCCGGGGACUGGCGGGCGGGGGGAGUGUGAGUGCGCCCCCUGGGGACACGGGGCUCCCCCACGUGGAACUCCUCAGCCAGGAGCUCCAGGGAACUGGCCUGGAGGGCCCCAGGGCCCAGGAGGGAGCCGGGGUUUCCUGAGGGUCUGCCCCCAGGAAGGCGAGCUUCCGACCCUUCUCUCUCCCCGGGGGGCCGCACCAGCCAUGCCCUUCUGGACUGCCAGGCUGGCGGACACCACGGCUGGAGCAGCAUGAGGCCCAGCGAGGCGGGUUCAGAGUCCGUGCCGGCAGGGAUGUGGCGUAUUUCAUGCUGGCCGGGCCCGGUACCAGGCCAGGGCCGCGGCACAAGCAGCAUCUUGGCUGGGCAGGGCCCGGCCCCCAUUCCAGAAGCAUCUGGAGGUGCCCCUGUCAUCAGUCACAGCAGCGGUGGUGGCAGAAGAGGCUGGCCUGUCUCCCAGGAGGAAGGAAGUCUCUGGCAGGUCCCUGCCACCCCCCCCCCCCCGCCCACCUGCCCGGACUCCCCCUGGGCUGGGACCCGGCUCCGUCCAAGGGGGGCACCUGACUCCCCUCUCCACCCCGCCCCAAGAGAAAAACCGUAAGCGUGAGAAGCAGCUUCCUGUUUUGUUAUUUUCUCGGCUCUCCCCCACUGCCCUGCCGGCGGGCGGGCGGCGAGUGCUACUGCGGGCCUGGGCUCUGCCCGCGCUGUCCUUGCCAGCACCCCCCUCCGGGGCAGCAGGGAUUCCCUCUGGGGGCCGAGUGGGGGCCCAGGGAGGGCCUGGGUAGCCGAGAGCUGCCCGGGCAGAGUCUAACUGCUUUUCUUGAGUAGGGAAUGUUGUUGUUGUUGUUGUUGUUUCGAGAUAAAAUAAAAAUGAGCCACAUUGUGUUUUAA